AUGAUGAGCCAGCGGCGUGGGAUCCAUCUGGACCAAUCAGAGCUGCUCUGCAAGAAAGGAUGUGGUUUUUAUGGCAACACUGCUUGGCAGGGCCUGUGUUCGAAGUGCUGGCGAGAGGAAAAUCAACGAGAAAAGCAAAAACAGAUUCAGGAAGACUGGGCACUUGCUGAGAGGCUGCAGAGAGAGGAAGAGGAAGCAUAUGCAAGCAGACACCAGAAAGCCCAAUCACAGUCUACCAUCACACCCUUCAACAAGUUUGAAGAGAGAAAAACUAAGGAAAAGUCUAGCAAAGUCCACACAGUGACAAAGUUUUUCACUCCUUCCACAAAAACCCCACCGAAAAAAGAUACUGCACCCUUUGAUUCACAGUCCAGCCCAAGCCCCAGCUCCUCUGCAAGUCGUCACCCCUCUGUGGACAGUGACCAUGCAACGCGAGAGUUCAUUGAUUUUCUCAAGCCCCUCAAGUCUGGCAGGGAGAUCUUCAAACAGUGCCGUGCCUUCACUGAGAGCAUGGUCUAUAAGCGGUUUCUUGUUCAGGACAUGGGCGCUGAUGAGCUGUCAGAGUGUGUGCAGGACUUCUACCAGAACCUCUCUGAACGCCUCCAGACCCAGUUCAAAGGCUCAUCAGAUCAUGUGGAGAGUGUUAUGGAUGAAGUGGAGAAGUAUAUGAUGACUCGUCUCUACAAGGAAGUCUUCUGUCCUGAGACGACAGAUGACGAGAAGAAAGACUUGGCCAUUCAGAAGAGAAUCAGAGCCUUGCAUUGGGUCACCAUUGAGAUGCUGUGUGUUCCUGUAGAUGAGGAGAUCCCUGAGGUGUCUGACAGCGUAGUCAAAGCCAUCACGGAUGUGAUUGAAAUGGAUUCAAAGCGUGUGCCCAAGGACAAGCUGGCGUGCAUCACUCGCUGCAGCAAGCACAUCUUCAACGCCAUUAAAGUCAGCAAAAAAGAGGCUGCGUCUGCGGAUGACUUCCUUCCCACGCUCAUCUACAUUGUACUGAAAGCAAACCCUCCGAGACUGCAGUCCAACAUCCAGUAUAUCACCCGCUUCUGCAACCCCAGCAGACUCAUGACUGGAGAGGAUGGCUACUACUUCACUAAUCUGUGUUGUGCAGUGGCCUUCAUUGAGAAGCUGGACGGCCAGUCUCUGAACAUGAGCUCUGAGGAGUUUGAGCUCUACAUGUCUGGUCAGGCGUCCCCCCACUGGCCACAGGCCACGGGACCUUCCUCCUGCUCCCCAGGCAGUGCAGCUCUCAAUCAGGUCCACAAACGACUGGACCUGCUAACAGGCCUCGGGGAAAGGCAGGAGCGGGUCAUGGAGAAAGCUCGCCAGCUGGAGUGUGACCUUAUCGAUUGGACAGACGAAGUGGAGCAGAAGGUGCAGAGCGUUCUGGAGAGCUUUCCAACAGAGACCCCAAACCCUCCUGCAACCACAGAUAGUGGGACAACUGCUGCAGCAUCAUCAGCAAUCGACGCUGAUAAUGUUGAGAAUGAGCUCCUGCCCCCUCCGCUGCAACCGCAAGUGUUUGCUGGAUGAUGUGAAGAGCUCUGCUCUAAAAAACAUCUCUAAAGGCUUUAAUGUUCCUCCUCCCCUCUUUCCUUUGCUGUUAAACGUUGCUGUCCAUAUGCACAUACAGCAGCCACCUGACAUGGAUCAUUUCAGCACUCCACUAUUCUAUCCAUCCAUUGUCCUAGAGGCCCUGAAACUACCUUGAAGAGUAACAGAAACAAUGGAUUAAAGGAGGAAAAGUUUGGCAUUUUGGGGAGCACACUUAUUUGCUCUCUUGCACGGAGUUAGAUGAGAAGAACGCUAAGUUUUAGCCAUUUAGUUUAGCUUAGCAUAAAGGUGGGAAACAGUGAGCCCGGCUCCGUCCAGAGGUCAAAAUUAAAAUGUCACAUCUUGCUCCUUUAUUUUGUGCAAAAACUGAAGGAUAAAAACAAGCCGCUCGUGGUUUUGUGACCUUCAGAGGUGCUAAUACUUGGACUUUCGUUCUUACGGAUAGAGCCACCCAUCUUCCUGCUGAGCUAAGCUAACUGUCUCUUGGCUUCAGCUCCAUAUUUAAUGCACAGACAUGUGAGUAGUAUAGAUCUUCUCCUUUAACUCUCAGCAGAAAAAAAGCAUCUAAGCAUAUUCCCCAGAGAGAAAAUCACAGAGGCCAAGUACACUGUUGCUUAGCCUGUAAGUGAGAUGUGCAGUGAAACCUUGCACACCACCUCAACCAGCUCCUUUUAAUUCAGAGGAGCAGAAUGACUCCACUCCAAGUUUUUCCCGAUUUGUUGGUCACCCACAGUGGCAUCUUCAAUACCUCAGUAUGUAUUAGAUGUGGUGUUAAAUGCGUUUCUGUCUUCAUUCGCAUUUUUUUAAGAAAAGGACCUCCCUGCCCGAGUAACAUCUUAUAACAUGAAUAACCAGAAUUUUCAGGAAAAUAUGUUUUGGCAUAGGAAAUUGAGAAAUUUGAAUAAUGUGAAACUUAACUUCCCCACACUAAAAUAAUUCAUGCCUCAGGCUCAUGCUUCUCACCUAUUUUUCAGUGCAUUUCCAUGUGCUGUCGAGAAAUAUCUGGAGAAAAGGGUGUGUGUGUGUGUGGUUUUGCACACAGGCAAGAAUGUGUGAACGAGAGGGUGUGUUGCAUGGACAUGUUUCAUUAACGUUGACGAAUCUCCAAGUCCUCCAGUUGUCAUACGUCUCAGUCCAGUCAUAAGCUGGAUGUACAGAAGUGAUUUUAUUUUUCUAUAGAGUGGCAAGAAUAAAUUGUUUUGGAUGCAAUAGAAGUUAUUAAUCCUGUAAUACUUAUGGUAGUAAAUAACAUUCAUUGAAGACAUGUGAACAGUCACAUUUUCAUGUAUUCAUUCAAGCAUGUCCCAUUGGGGGGAAGAAAAAAAAAAUAAAUCCAUUUUUAGAUGAUUUAGAUGAUUAAUCGCUGUGUCGGAGCUGUUGGAUUAAGUAUUGAAUAAAACAAAGACGAUGCUGUUACCAAGUAAUUACAAGCCACACAAAUCUCUCAUUAGGCUCGUUGCAUUAGGAGCGCAAAAGACUCAGCAUAAACUUACCGACUUUUAUUUUGAAGCACUUUUCUGGAGUUUGAUUUUGAAGCUCUUUAUUCAGAAGUACAUUUAAUGAAGGAAGUUAUGGCUAAUAUUCAUUUGAAAGUAUCAAAAGACGACUGGUGAAAACAGUGUGGUGGUCUGUCACCGCACAGAUGUGUUACAACUGUCCUUGUAUUUGGCAGUCGUGUAGUGGAAGAAAUGUUUGUGGAAGUUGUGUGUUUGCUUUCUUUUGCUCUCUAGCCAAGAUUUCUUUGUGUUGCUAGGUUUUAAUUUAUUUCUUCCUUUUUUUUUAAUUCUCAUUUGCAGCAGUAUAGUCGGUGUGGAAUUGCUGUCCAGGAUUAGUUUGAGAAAAGAUUUUUAAAGCGAACUUAAUAGCUUGAAUGAUUUCAUAUUGCACUGUAUGCAGAAGCCAUUUAUCAGGUAUUUUAAAGAAGUUUAAAACAUCAUCUUUGUAACCUUAUAGGUUUGUUAUUGUAUCACUUGGGAGAAAGCAGCUCAAUACUGUCUUUUAUUUAAAUGUAACUUAUUGGAGCAGUAUUGAUUUAUUUGCAUCUAUGGGUGUGUGCUGAUGAUGAAUAAAAGCUGAAAAUGCA